AUGGAUAACAAGUUGUAGUUUCUCACUACAUUGUUUUACUAGAAAGUAGCUUGGACGUGUUAAUUUUGUUUCCAUAAUGUGUCUUUUAUUUUGUACUGCUGGAAGGAUAUUUAAAUAUUAAUUUUAAUCGUGAAACUACUUUUGAUUUUGUUGGUAAGUCCUCUUGGCAGCCAACAUGUACAGGUAUCGCAUGCUUUCUAUUACCAUCCAUUUCCUGUUAGUUUCUUCGUGUUGUAAACUAAUCUCUCUUUGAUUUCCUUCCAAAACCUAAACUCAGCUGUCACCCUCUCAAGACAGGAAAUGAGGGGAAACUUGGAUGAUCUGCUGCAACAGGUGUAUACGUCUCGUAAGCCUGCCCAUCUGUCGGUAACGUACCGUUGCUUUAUUGACCUCUCUCACUGUCCCCAUUCUCUCUCUCCUCUUUUAUCCUGUGUAAUGAAUGGAUUAAUGAGCUGGGGGUUCCACAAAAAAUAAGACUGGACUGUGAGGCUAUAGCCAUGGAUCAGCAAAGGACCCUGCUACACAACAAGACUCAAGACUAAAAAUAACAGACUUGGACCACUUAGUUAAAAUUGUGCUUGGACACACAGACAUGCCAGGACCCUUUGGGACCCUGGAGGUUUAUGGUCAUUUGGGUCAGUCCCUCACUCUGGUUGGUUAGUUAUUUAAUACUAAAAUGUCUUAUAAAUAUUAGGCCUUAAAAAUCAUUUGAAUUUGUGAGAUCUCAGUCGCCACCAACAUUUUAUCUAAUUUAUCAUUUUUUACAUGUAUUUUUGUCAGAAUGAAUCAAGGUCCUCUGUAUGAAAGUGCACAUUUCUGAUGUUACAAAUCUUUAGACCUUCCACUGAGCCUAAUACUGUCUUUGAACUUUAUACUUGCUCUAAGCUGUUGGCAAAAUGUAGCUUAGCCUAACUCACUCUGACAACCGUAUACCUACAUAAGCCUAUGGGACAUUAAACAUACUACAGACCUGCAUUGCUAGAAGAAGAAAAUGAUGAUUUGUUUCAAUACAUCAGUCUUAAAUUCGGUUAAAAAUGAUCUUGAAAAAGCGUAAAGAAGCAUCAAAUUUAAGUGUAUGAUACCUGUAGACACCCUCAAAAGAGAAAAUGAUUUAUGAGCAGAUAUCAUGAUACAAGAUUGUUUGACUUCACAUCUUUGUUGUAAAUUAGAAAUGUGCAAAGUCAGUAAUACAAUCCAAUUAACAAAAGAAAUACGUGGGAAACAAUACAGUGAAGAGGAGAAAAGACAACAACAAAAAUAUUUUAACAAUCAAAGCCCAGUGAUUUAUGUAAGUGAAUGGACUGGGAGUUCUCUCUCUCUCUUGACCUGGAUUCAUCUCUGAGUACACUGAGUGAGUGAAUGAAUCAAUGAAUGAAAUGAGUCAUUCAAGUUUGACUCAGGUUCUUAAUGUUUGCAGUCAAUGAAGCAGCGUCAUGUCUUAGGGGACAAGGUAGGCAUCCUCUCUGCGUCACAGAGGCAUCACCCCCCACCUUUUAAGUCUCUCCAUGCUCCGUCUGGCAGCCUCCCUGACAAACAGUAUCACCAACUGACUCAUCAGCUGUUACCUAAACAUAAACUAUGCAGAUGUUCUUUUGCUGAAAUUAAGAAUGUAACUUUUAAUUAAAGACUUUAGACAUUUGAAGUCCAACCCCAAACUGUAAACACAAGUUUUUUUGAGCUAUGUCAGAGGACAAAUGUGAAUGAAGCAGCUGUUUCCCUGUGCAGGUUUGUUUGGCAUUGCUUUGUUGUUAAUGAGAUAAACUCUUACGUCUUCAGCUAAACCUGUUUGAGGACCAGCAGGAUCAUCGGUCAAAUCCCCAUAAGAGCAGACUGGGACAGAGCAGAGGUGUAUACAUGUGCACACACUAAAGUAGUGGAGGCGAUACAACGGAUGGACCCUACACUCAACAGCUUUGACAAAUGAUACCAACAGCUGAUUGACACUACUUGCAGAUAAAAGCCUGAAUUCUGGUUCAAAAGUAACGAAGAGCAACAACGCCGACUUGUCCUGGACUUUGAAAGAGUCUUGAAAACGGCACUUGCUACACUGCACAAACGACAUCAGCACAAGACAGCUUCUAAAAAAUGGAUUCCCUAAUGUCGCUCGGCGCUCCUCUGAAGCAGUUCACCAGCUGUGUGUCAGGGAAGAAACCCACCGCCAAGAGAGGGGCCAAGGAGAGCCAGCCUGUCCGCAGGAGCAGCUUCAGCCGCAGGAAGAGCGUCAGUAGGAGGAGAAGCCUUCCCUGCAGCAGCCAGAAGGUCCCGGACUCCUGGCUCAGGAUGUACCAGGCUGAGCUGAAGAGAGAAAGGAAACGACAGCAAGCCAUACUGGCCAAGAAGAACGCAGAGAGGACAGUGAGAAGGACUCACUUCAGAAGCCACCACUGCCUCCCGAGGCAGACCACCACUGCCAGAAAACCAGCCCCAGUGAAGGACGAUUCCUUCUUCGGAGCCUUCCAAGGCCUCAGUCUGGAUGAACUGCUGGGAGGCAGCAGUGGAUCUCCUGCUGUCUCUGUGUCAGCAGGUGGUGGAGGAGAUCAGUGCAAAGUCAUGUGAGACCUCACAUUUAAGGACAAUCAAACUGAAAAUAUUCUCAUGCAUGAGAGACUUGAAGGACAAAAGGGCUCAUGGUGGAAAGGUGAUUUGCAAAUGACACUGAGGCUCACACCUUAUAACCCAAGAAAAGGCGGAAAGGCACUUAUUUGUUAUACUGUUUUAAUUUGUUUAGAUCUUUUUUCUUUUAGAAAAGUUAAUAUUGCUUAUUCAUAAUUCUUUGAUGAUUGUGCAGGUUGUACUCUGUAUUACUCUUUGUACAGUUUCUGUCUACUUGUUUUUGUGAAAUAUGACUGUUAUAAAAUUGAGCAAAUCUGACACAUUGGUCUUGAAUAACUACAAUUUUAUUGAUCCAGCGUUGUCACUCCUGAGCUGCUUUCAUUGUGUGGACUUAUUUGAAAUCCAAAGCAGGAACUUAACAGGUAAAACAAUUUUAUUCAACAUAAAUAGAAAAUUAUGUGCAGCAAACACCAGUCAGGUGUUUUUAAUGACAGUAUUUUAAUGAAUACAUUAAAGACAUGCAGAACUAA